AUGAUGCAAUACGACAGGAAUCGAGUUGACCCGAAGCGUCGGGCUGGCAUUGACCAUAAAAAGCGGCAGUUUGCAACGCCGGUCUAUAAACACCUCCAAUAUUUGCACCGGCUGAACUUCUAUGUAGUGCCUCCAACAGCAGAAAUCACCCUGGAACAAUUUGAACAAUGGGCCAUAGAUCGUCUUAGAGUUCUAUCUGAAUUGGAAGCAUGCUCCUAUCGAAAUAAGACCCCGACGGAAACAGCUGCCCACAUCGCCCCUCUGCUCAAGAAAUUUCUCCCACUAAACUCAAAUACCUCUCUGGGCAGCAGUAGUGAUGAUAUUCUUCAAGCUGAGAGGCAGAAGGAUCAUUAUUCACAUUUCAUACUACGCCUUGCGUUCGCUUCAACCGAUGAUUUGAGGCGACGGUUUGUUCGUUUGGAGUCUAUGUUGUUCAAGUUCCGGUUUCAGCAGGAUGACGCACGGGAACGACGCGAGUUUGUUGACAGUUUACACUUAGACUGGGAAACGGUGACUGAUGAAGAAAAGGCUGAAUUGGCUGAAGCUUUGUUGGCAUCGACACCUGGUCUCAGAUGGAAAGGGAAGGCAUAUGUGCCGUUGCGUGAACAACUGAGCAUGAUACUUGCAGAAUUCACGGCCCGGUUAGAAAAAGCUAUGGAGCUCACCAGUCGUGCUCUACCACGGCUUGACGAAGAUGACCGCCUUUCGCCAAUUCUCCAGCAUCUAUCGAAGAACUUUGGAACCGCAGAUUCUUCUUAUUCCGAAGGGGAGGGUGCUGUUCCUGGAGCCCCGAUAAAUGCUGCCUCAGUUGACGUAUUAGCACAGCAUUUUCCACUCUGUAUGCGGAACCUUCAUAUGCAACUCCGGAAGAAUGCACACUUGAAACAUUUUGGGCGACUUCAAUAUACCCUCUUUCUCAAGGGCAUUGGUCUGUCACUUGAUGACUGUCUAGCGUUCUGGCGGCGAUCAUUCCGGAACAUAACAGACGACGAGUUCAACUCCAGGUAUAAAUAUAACGUUCGACAUGCAUACGGUGAUGUUGGCGGUGAUAUAAAUCGGAGAGGACGAGGAUAUCCACCAUACUCAUGCCAAAAGAUUCUCACCGACAAUGCUCCCGGCGCCGGCCAGACACACGGGUGCCCCUAUCGACACUUUUCACCUGAUAACCUCAUCUCAUUGCUUGAGACUGUUGGUAUAACUGACCGAGAGACCCUCCGUGGUGUACGAGAGGAUGUUGGUCGAACCCGCUACCAUAUUGCAUGCAAUCGAGUAUUCGAGCAUGUGCAUAAGAACGAACUAAAGAAAGUUCGGGAUGAAGGGAUAUGGAGUCAAACUGAGCUCGAUACCAUUGUUCACCCGAAUGUUUAUUUCAAGCGCAGUUACUUGCUGAAGAACCUCAAUAACGCACCGAAAACAGAGGUUGAAAUGACGUCGUGA